AUGGAGGCGCGGGAGCCGCUGCAGAAUCUGUGCGGCGCUCUGCGUGCGGUGUUGGCCCGGGUCCGAGAGGGCGAACCGGGCGAGGGCCGCGAGCCGUUCGAGCUGCCGCGCUUCUGGGACGCGCUAGGUCAGACAUUCAAAGUAACAUCACAGGAAGCUACAAAGCUGAGUCUGGCAUUCUCAAGGCCUCCACUGACUUCUGCAGAGGAUUGCCGGAAGCUGAGUGAAGAUGUCCAAAAUGCUAUUCUUGCAGUUGCCACAGUGUACUACUGGCUCCCCAAGGGCCAAGGUACUACUCUUCGGAAGAUGGUACGAGAUGCUACCACUGACGUAGUGGAAGGAAUGAUCCAACUCACAGAAACAAUUCUCAGUGCUCCAUUGGAGAGCUUGUCUCAGGAACAGCUUAUAUCAACUGGUGGUGUGUGGGAGGCAUGUGAGCAAGUGUCCAACCUGCCACGAGAUAACCAGGCAGCAGUUGCGUCAGCUCUGGCUGCAUGUCUAGGUGUGGUCAAGGAUGCUCUGGAGGAGAUGGAACAUGCUUUGGCAGAAGGGCAAGACCCCUACAGUGACAUUAUGGAAGAUGAAGAGCUGGGCUUUCGCGGCAACAGAGAUACGUAUUGGUCAGAAGCUGACCGGAAGCUGCUUAGCUCCUGCAUGGGGUUAAUGAAGGCUUCUAAAGCUUGCCUGAAGAAGGUCUUGGGUGUAGUGAAGGCUUACGGCAAAGCUGAUUCUCCAGAGCAGAUCGCUCAGCUGGAUGAUCUUGCAGACAUUGCUAAUGAGAUCAGUCCAAGUGUUGAUGAGCUGGCACUGAGCAUGUAUCCACCUAUGAACCAGUUGGCUGUGCGACUCAAUGCUGCUAAGUUGGCCUCGGUAUUAAAGAAAGUCUUAGAGAUUACAAAGACAAGCCAUGUAUGUCCACCAUCAGAGGAAGGCUGGGUGCAGUUUCUAACUGGUGCAGUAGAUCACAACAUGAACAAAAUCAAGAACUUCACACAGGGUCAACUUUAGCUCUUCCAUGUCUACAUGUGUUGCUGCCAUUGGCUCUGGCAUAUGCUUUUCCAAUGAAUCUUGCCGUUCUCCAGCUACUGGGAGAACGAUGAGAACAGUGUUUUUAGGAGAGAACUUUACUGCCACUUGGUAAAACUUUCCUAGAAGUUGCUCUUUGCCAUUGCAGAAGGUGUCAUUUUGCUUGGAUUCCUGGGAUGGUGUGGUGCUGCAUCUUAAUGCUGUGAAUGUGCCCCAUUCUUCAGAAAUUAAAACUACUGUGGGGUUCAAAGAACAAUAAAAUACUGCUAGAUUUGCAUGAGUGGCUUUAUCUGUUUUCGGGUGGCAGAAGAUAUAUACAGAAGGAAAGGGUCUUGCUUCUUUUGCAAGCAGCCCGAUGAACCAUUAAAAAACAUGCAGCACUGCUGCUAUUUCCUAUCUCUUAGAGAAGAGUGAACUAUCUUUCUCUUUCCUAUUUCCUUAGAAAGUAGAGGGUAUUAUUUACUAUUUUACCAAUGUCAAGGCUCUUUAGGGGGAUAAGAGUAUAUCUCUAGAGAAAUGCUGUAUCUAUCAUCACAUUAAAGUUCUAGGCUAUCCUUUUUUGCCAUGGGUAGGGAAAAAUGACUAAGCAGUUGUGGGUUCAGCACAUACACAUAGUGAGAAGUGCAGCAUCUGCUUGUGCAUUUAGCCCAUCUUUGUCAUAGCAAGGUUCAACUUACAAAACUGGAGAAUGGGCAUAGUGGCACAUGGGAGAGAGUUGACUUUGUACAAAUAAUCAAAGUCAGACAUGGUUUUAAAUGUAACUUUAAUUAAACUGCUAACAUCUAUGCUUGCCUAAGAUCAAGGCACAGAUCAUGACCA